UGAAAGAGUUGAGUGCCAGUGAAAACUCAUUGAGAGAGGUAUUCAUUUGCCGUCAGAGCUCCUGCUGGUUCUCCAGAAUGUUCUCUUUGAGGAAAGUAUCUUAUAGGUAGCAUUUAUUCACAGCAGACCGUAAAGUGGAGAUGGUCACUUUGACUGCCUUGCUGACAGUAUGGAUAUGGAUGCAAUUGCAAACGGCCACAGGACAGGGAACAUGUCCUUCUACUCCUCGGAUGCAGGGGGAUUUCACUGUAGAAUAUUCCUUCCCCUACUUCCAAACCCACAAACCAAUACAGAACAUUGCAGUGAACUUGGAAGACGAACAAUUUUACAUUGGAUGCCAGAAUGCGGUAGUAGGUAUCAGCAUCUAUAUGAAUAAAACAUGGGAGGUGAAAACUGGACCUAUAGGUAGUCCUGAUUGUGACACCUGUGAGCUGUGCAACAUAGAAGCUGAUCCUGAGGACCCAGUGGAUACAGACAACAAGGUUCUGCUUUUGGAUCCUGCUGGAAAUUUUUUGCCAUACUUGUACAUUUGUGGAAGCACCCAGUAUGGGAUCUGUUACUUUAUUGACAUUAGCUCUGAAAUGCCCAAACCUAAUUGUUUAUACAGAAACAAGAGAAACUCUCCAACCUACUGUCCUGACUGUCUGGCCAGCCCACUUGGCACCCAGGUCACCAUCGUUGAACAUGCACGCACGUCACUCUUCUUUGUUGCAGCCUCUGUCAGUGACACAGUAACACAGAGGUAUCCAAGGCGGUCACUAUCAGUGCUGAGGCCACUUUCAACUGAAGAUGGUUUUCAUAUUGUCACAAAUAACCUGACGGUGCUUCCUGGUCUCCGUGACUCUUACAGCAUCGACUACAUCUACAGUUUCUCCACCAAGGACUUUGUCUACUUUAUUUCCCUGCAGAGAGAAAAUCCCUUCAAGAACAAUUCAGCUUUUCAGACUCGUCUGGGAAGACUGCCUAUUUUAAUUACAGAGAUGUGGAUGUACAGAGAGAUCAUCUUGGAGUGUCGGUACAACCCAAAGCGCAGGAGAAGACGGAGAGAAGACGGAGAGAAGAAGAGGGAAACUGUAUAUAAUGGACUACAGGCGGCACAUUUUGGGCAGGUUGGGAAGGACUUGGCUAAUGGGCUGAGUGUAACCAAGGGAGAAGAUAUUCUGUAUGGGGUGUUCGCGGUGGUAAACGCGCAAGGUCAGCCUCAGAAGAACUCAGCCCUCUGUGCCUUUCCUUUAAGUAAAGUAAACAAUGCCAUUGAUGAUGGUGUGGAAGCAUGCUGUAAGUCAGGUACAGAGCAGCUGUCCAGAGGUCUCUGCCACUUCCAGUCAUGUGAGAACUGCCCACAUGAAGUGAGUAACUUUUUUUUUAUGCUUGAGUGUCGUCAGAGCAAUAUGAAUGUGACCAUACGCCCAGACAGGAAGUGAUCUGCCCAGACAAACAUUGUGUAAUUAAGUCACAAACAAAGGGGUUCACAGUAUUAUAUUAAGCAAUAAAGUACUAUAAAUUCUAAGCAGUACUACAGUUAGCCCAUGAGGUAAAUC